UCAGUCAAACCAUGCACCUCACACGCUCCCACAUCCCUUUUUCCUAACUACGUAUUAAUUCCUCACUUUCACGGCUCAGUUGCCUCGUUCUCCACGUCGUAGCAAAUUGCUGAAACGACAUCAUGAGAGGAGGAUCAGCAGCAGCAGCAGCAGCCGAGGAGAUGAGGCGCACGGUAAUGGCAGAUAUCGAGGCUAAUCGGCCGCGAGGGAACGGGAUGGUGGUGGGCGGGAUGAGCCCGCUCAGCGAGACGCUGUGGCGGGAUAAGGCCGACACUGAGUUCAUCGGCGACGUAUCCGCGCGGUUGACGUGGAAGGACUUGACGGUGAUGGUGAUGCUCAAGGGAGGGGAGACGCACAGGGUGCUGGAAGGCCUGACGGGCUACGCCGAGCCCGGCACGCUAACAGCGCUCAUGGGCCCCUCUGGCUCCGGUAAGUCCACCAUGCUCGAUGCGCUCGCUGGCCGACUCGCCGCCAACGCUUUCCUCGCCGGUGCCAUCCUGCUCAAUGGCCGCAAGGCCAAGCUCUCCUUUGGAACCGCUGCGUAUGUGACCCAAGAUGAUACUUUAAUUGGAACAUUGACGGUGAGGGAAACCAUAUGGUACUCUGCUCGCCUCCGGCUGCCGGACAAUUUGCCACGGCAGGAGAAGCGGGCACUGGUAGACAGUACCAUCAUAGAGAUGGGCCUCCAAGAUUGCGCCGACACAGUGGUCGGAAACUGGCAUUUGCGUGGAAUAAGUGGCGGCGAGAAGAGAAGAGUCAGCAUUGCUCUUGAGAUACUCAUGAGACCCCGAUUGCUCUUCCUCGAUGAGACCCCGACUUGUGGAUGCAGUGCUUCAGCAUUCUUUGUGACAGAAACACUGCGAGGUCUGUCGAGGGAUGGCCGGACUGUGAUCGCUUCGAUUCAUCAACCCAGCAGUGAGGUGUUUGAACUCUUUGAUUCUCUGUAUCUGCUCUCUGGGGGCAAAACUGUUUAUUUUGGUAAACCUUAUGAAGCAUACGAGUUUUUUGCUCAAGCUGGGUUCCCUUGUCCUUCUCUGCGAAAUCCCUCGGAUCACUUUCUGAGGUGCAUAAACUCAGAUUUUGACAAGGUGAAAGCUACCCUCAAAGGGUCAAUGAAACUACGGUUUCAGAGGAGUGACGAUCCCUUGGAGAAAACUACUACUACUGAAGCAACGAGAAGGUUAAUCGAGUUCUACGGUCGUUCACAGUAUUAUUAUGCAGCCAGGCAACAAGUGAAUGAGAUCGCUCGAAUUAAGGGCACAGUGUUGGAUUCAGGAGGCAGCCAGGCUAGCUUCCUGAUGCAAUCACUGGUUUUGACAAAGCGCUCAUUUCUCAACAUGUCGAGAGAUUUCGGUUAUUACUGGUUGAGGCUCCUAAUCUACAUUCUGGUCACCAUCUGCAUCGGAACUAUUUACUUCAACGUCGGAACUGGAUACACUGCCAUUCUGGCAAGGGGUGCAUGUGCUUCUUUUGUCUUUGGGUUUGUAACAUUCAUGUCAAUAGGAGGAUUUCCGUCCUUUGUGGAAGAUAUGAAGGUGUUCCAAAGAGAGCGGCUAAAUGGGCACUACGGCGUGGUGGCAUUUGUCAUCGGCAACACACUGUCCGCAGCGCCCUUCCUCAUCAUGAUAUCUGUGGCCUCUGGAACCAUUUGCUACUUCAUGGUCCGCCUUCAUCCGGGUUUCAUUCACUAUGUCUUCUUCGUUCUGUGCCUCUUCGCCAGUGUGACUGUGGUGGAGAGCUUGAUGAUGGCCAUCGCCAGUGUCGUUCCCAACUUCCUCAUGGGAAUCAUCAUAGGAGCUGGAAUUCAGGGGAUCUUCAUGCUAGUGUCAGGCUACUUUCGACUCCCUAAUGACAUCCCAAAACCCUUCUGGCGUUACCCCAUGUCAUACAUCAGCUUCGAUUUCUGGUCACUGCAGGCCCAGUAUCAGAAUGAUUUAGAAGGUAUCCUCUUUGAUAACCAGUCACCGGAUCUUCCAAAGAUUCCAGGAGAGUAUGUGCUGGAGAACAUCUUCCAGAUCGACAUACACCGGUCCAAGUGGUGGGAUUUGUCAGUGCUCUUCAGCAUGAUUGUCAUCUACCGAAUCAUCUUCUUCCUGAUGAUCAAAAUCAACGAGGAUGUGACGCCGUGGUUUCGAGGAUACAUCGCGAGGAGAAGGCUGCAGCAGAAGGCAAAUUUGGAGCGCCGGCUAUCUUCGCGAUACCCUUCCAUGGAAAUCACUGAGAGGCAACCUUCCCUGAAAGAUUAUGUGGUUGAAGAAGGAUCUAGUUCCAAUAGCAGUGCUUAGUUUCCUACCAAGUAUAGAUCAUAAUUAUGUUUUUUAUCUAAAACGAUCCCGUCUGCAACUUGUUGUGGUAGGCGCCGGGCAGGUUCCAAGCUGCACACUAUAUAUAAUUAUAUUCAUCGAAAAUAGUAGAAGUAACUAUUUAUUAUUCGAAUAAAAUUAUUGGAUUAUAUGUAUGGAUACAGAGACUGAUAAGAAAUUUCACUAGUCGCCUCA